AUGAUAUUUUUUUGUACUUGUUUCUUUACCUUUAGAAACCCGAAUAUUUUGGAUGCCUGUGAUAUUGAUGAUCAAACCAAGGAGAUGCUACUGCAGGAUAUUCGUCACCGACUUAUGCCUCAAGCUGUAAAACUACGCGCAGACUUUGAGGUUUCUUGCUUUGCAUACGAAGGGAUCGAUGCUGUUCGUCGCGCCCUUCACGCUGGCCUGGCUCUGAGCACUGAUGGUCUUCCCAUCAAGAUAAAUCUGAUUGCUCCACCUUUGUAUGUGCUGACUACACAAACUCUUGAGUGGAAUGAAGGUCUUGCACAGCUGGAAAGGGUUCUGGAGGCCAUCAGGAACUCUAUUGAAGAGCAAGAGGGUUCCUUUAAACUUCAACAGAAGCCACGCGUCGUCUCUGAUACCGAGGAGGCCGACUUUCAGCGGCAAUUGGAAGAGUUGGAAGACGCCAACAAGGAAGUAUCUGGUGACGAGGACGAUGAAGAUGAGGAUGAUGGAGGGGACGAGGAAAGGAACGAAUAUGAGAUCGAGGACGAGGAUGAAGACGAGGACGAGGAGGGUGAAGAGGGGCAAGAUAUAGCAGGUGCGGCUGAAGGUGGCGAUUCUGUGGAGGAAGAUGAAGAACAGCGGAAGAGUCCUCGCAGCGUCAAUAACGACGUCAAGAAAGGAAAGAAGAGAGUCAAGCAGCGGCAGUCGAAUAAUGAAGUUGCGGAAGAGGAAUAG